AUGUCGACACUAUCUCUCGCUAGUUACAACCGCCGAUGGGAGCGCAAGAAUUCCCAGACCUGGCGGCAACCUCCCUGUUCCCAACGAUCAUACCGACCCAUACUGCUCGCCAUCGUAUGCCUACUGUGUAUAGGAGCAUGGCACCAGAGUCACUCUACCGGCCGCUCUGUGUCUGCAUAUCGACACGCCCUGGACCAGGACGAGGUAGAUUCCAUCACUGGUAAAGGGCGCAGGUCGGUGCGGGAAGACGCAGACUGGCCUCUCAGGGCGCCGUCCGUGGAUAGGGCACAUCCAAAGAGCUUCAAGCCAGCUACCGAUCCUAUCGUUGUCUACUCUUCAGAUCCAGAAGUGGACCAACAUGUCAUCGUCGAAGCCAAACCGGAAGGGGGCGAUUUACCUGAGGGCGUCGUUAUUGAGCAAGGUCCGGCCCCGGAAACAUUUCCCGACCGCCUGACAAGCGAAACAGAAAUCGUGGUCAUGCCAGAAGAUCUCUCCGAAGAUGGCAUGGUCGUGGAACAGGGUGCCGCGCUGCCGGUGGAAGUGUUGCAAAAGGGUCCGGUGGCCGUACAAGCAAAUCUUGACCCUGAGACAGAAAAGGAACCAUUGAUCUCAUCACCAGACCAGCCCAUGAAGGAGAAAGUGAUCGAAGCAGAACCCCUGGACCACCUGACACUGGAGGAGAAAGCGGAUAGUCUGCCAGAAAUAGUGCACAUCCCCUUCGAGAUUGCCGUGAAGGACGAGGUCUUGCAAGGGUGGGAGGACGAUUGGGUGGCGCACGGCUCUUACGACCCCAGUAAAUGGGGGAAGCUGGAAGAGCCCAAGAUUGACUUUGUGUAUCUCUGGGUCAACGGAUCUGAACAAGCCUUCCAGCAAACAAAGCGGCCGUACGAAGAGAACUCGAUCCUUAACGACGACGAAGGGAAAUGGAUCAAUUCGCACGGAGUCAACCGGUAUCGGGAUUGGGACGAACUUCGAUACUCCCUCCGCAGCGUUGAACGAUACGCCGCGCACUUCCGCAACAAGAUUCAGAUUGUCGUUAAUUCUGUCGACGGUAGUGCAGCGGGCAAGCAGGUCCCCACCUGGCUCAACGACGAGCCGAUAACCAAGGAGGUGGUACAGAUUAUGGCUCAGGAAGAAUUCUUCGAUCGCGAAAAACAUGCUUGCUUGCCGACUUUUAACUCCUUGACGAUCGAAAAUCAGCUCUUCAAUACUCCAUCGAAUACAGAUUUCCUCUACGCCUUAUCUGAUGAUAUGCUGCUCGGCAAGAAACACUCUGCUUCUGACAUCUAUUCACCGUUGUUCGGUCCCGUGAUGGGCUUCAAGAACAACGCUUACAGCACUACACAGCCACCGAACGAAGUGGAUGCGCACCGCUUUGGCGAAAAGCCAUAUCUCAUCUACACAUCGUGGUUACUCAACCGGAGAUUCGGUAUUCGGAAGCGCAAGGGCCAGGGGCACUUUGGACAUGCUUUGUCUCGAAGCAUCAUGAAGGAGGCCAUAUCUUCGUUCCCAGGCCCGGAAUUACAGAGUGCUUGCAAACGAUUCCGAGGCGAACCAGGCUUCCAACUGUACUCCUGGUACGCCACAUUCCACUAUCUCAUCGAAAGACACCGAGAGGCACUACUGUGGAGCUAUAUCAUGCUCCGUAGUGACGUCGAUGAGGAUGGUAGUCUGUCGUGGGAAGAAAGGCAGACAGUGAUGCAGGACCUGGAAGCCGGGAUGGUCAACGAAGGUCGAAACACGUUUCGCAAGCGAAACUAUUACCACGUAAAUGAGCAUCUGCAGAGAGCAGGCCUUGAACCACCCAAAGUCAACACAGACAUCAUCUGGACUUCGUUGGACGGACCAGCUGCAAUACAAAACGCAGAUUGUAUCGAGUUCGACGUAAACGAUUGCCUGGCUCCAGGAUUCUCCGUGUCAUCGACAGAUGCCUUCGUGAAGAACCCGGUAUUCUCAACGUCGAACAUAUUCGACCGCCUUGCAAGACAGGAACCCAAGUGUGGGGAUUGCUUGCUCAAACUUAUACUCAACAAGAAACCAAAAGGCCUGGCUCCUUUGCUUCCACGAGCCAACACCCAAGCCAGGCAAAGAGAACUCGUGAUCAAAGCCGUCAUGCGUUACCGGUUUACUAUCAUUCAUCCGGAUGCAUUGUUUGUCAUGGUGACGGACGCCGAACAAGUCGACAGUGUUCUGGUAAACCGAUACGUUCGAGCAAAGAAAGAGCUGGCGGGUCAGCUGUGUUUGAACGACGAUGUGACUACGACCGACGAACAGGAGUUGGCCGACGUACAACAAGCCAUGAACGAGCUGUAUCAGGGACUCUUCCCUGACCCCAGCCAGUUCGAGAAGUGA